AAGUCGGUUGACGUGACAGUCGAUUGCAAUUGAUCGAAGUGUGCGAGAGCGUGAGGUUAAGCGGGUUAAGCGGAUCAUUUCUUGCGUCAAUUCAAGCACGAUUAUCAAGGUAUUUAACGCCGGUCUCUUGAAGAAUGACACAAGUCUCGCACGAGGACAACGAAUUAAAAAGAUUGCUCAAUAAUCCGGCGAAAAAUGCGUGCGAAGAUGGAUCCAUGGCUCCGCCGUUAUCGACCAAUGUACCGAGACCGAGCACAUCGCAAAACGUCAACCCGCAUUCGAUGAUGAGUCCAACGAUACCGGCUAACAGUACAAAGGAGGUUUGGGAGCCUUGCCUACAAAACGUAGUUUCCACAGCUAACUUGGGAACAGAAUUAAAACUCAAUUAUAUUAACAUAAGAACAAGAAAUUCUGAGUAUAACCCAGCAAGGUUUACGGGACUUAUAAUGAGGAUACGAAAUCCUAGAGCGACAGCAUUAAUCUUUAGCUCUGGGAAAUUAGUAUGUACAGGUGCGAAAAGUGAGAAUGAUUCAUUUUUGGCAGCAAAGAGAUUUGCUAGAAUAAUUCAGAAGCUUGGAUUCCCUGUAAAGUUUAUGUCGGAUUCUUUCAAAGUACAAAACAUUGUAGCAACGUGUGACGUAAAAUUUCCAAUUAAAUUAGAGAAUUUGUAUCGAGAACAUCCUCAAUUAUGUAGCUAUGAGCCAGAAUUGUAUCCUGGUCUGAUAUACAGAGUGUAUAUCCCUGGUAACAGGGAUAACCCACCUAUAUCCAAAGUAGUAUUAUUGAUAUUUGUGAAUGGGAAAGUUGUUUUAACAGGAGCAAAAAAUAUAGACGAGUUAAGAAAUGCAUUGAAUUUAAUGUAUCCAGUAUUAAUGCAAUACAGAAAGAUGUAAUCUGUUUGCAUACGGAAGAAAUAAAUAAAAUAUAAAUAAAAUAAACUUGUAAAUAUAUAUAAAAUAAUAUAUAUAAAGUUAAUUGAACAAAUGGUA